UAGUUACAUUUCUGGGGAAGUGGAUGUCAGGCUACGCCGUAGGUAUGGCAUCGAUUCGACGCAGAAGUAUAAAUCCUGCUUUAUUUUGUUAAAAGUAACAGGGUGAUAUGCAGCCUGUGAAGAAUCUUGUACUGAGUCUCCUUCAGUCUAUAACAUGUAAACGUGGAUCUGAUCUAGUCUACAGCCGCCUGCCAGUCAUUUUCAAUGUAUCUCUUUACCAUUUAAAUAUCUGGCAACUCGUAUGUGUCAGAGGAACUGAAAAGUGAAUAUAAUGAUGAUAAAAACUGUUUUACAUUUUGGUCCUCCAAUAUAAAACUCACCAAAUCACUCACUACAAGGGAGGUUAACAGGAAAGUUUAGCGCAGAAGAUUUAAAACACCCUGUUUGCAGAUAUCCAAAGAAAUAUUCCUUAUUGGUAAUAUCAAUGUCUCUGAUGCUUGGAGAACAGCAAAAUAUAAUCUUAACCAGAUGAUUUCUUGACUUCACUGUUUUCCUGCAUGAGAUACUUAGUAUGCCUUAGCAGCCGCAGGAGAUUAGCAGCACCCUGCAAUGUUGCAGACGCCAGUGAAUGCCAAUCAGAGGUGAAUAUACCACCUGAAAUUGUCUUUUGGAAUAACAAAGUUUACCUUAUCUCACCUCUCUGUUACUCCUACCCACAAACAUGAAAUAAAACAUGUUCUGAAGGGAUUGUACAAAGUAUCUUGGCUGUUAAUGUUUGACAAAGGAUCAAAAGCCAGCCAAGAGAGGAGCAGCAGGGCAGAACCAACGUACCAGUCAACUGAGGUCUCGACAGUAUCAGUCAUGUCAAAGGAAAAACUGCUGUCCUACAGCGCAGCUAUUCAGACAGCAAAUGCCUCCCUCUAUCGCUUCCCUCUCAUCCCAGUCAGAGGAGUUCCUCUCAUGUGCUUGAUCGCUAACAACUGGGACUCCAUCUGGGCUUUCCGUCCUGACCCCUCGGACCUCCUCAUUGCCACCUACCCCAAAGCAGGGACCACAUGGACCCAGGAGAUAGUUGACCUGCUUCUUCACAACGGAGAUGCUGAGGCCUGCAAACGAGCCCCCACACCUGAACGCUGUCCUUUCCUGGAACUCUUCUCCCCACCACCCAUCCCCUCAGGUAUUGAUCUUCUUAACACCAUGGAUCCUCCAAGAGUCAUCAAGACACACCUUCCUUUUCAGUUGGUGCCUCCUGGAUUUUGGGAAAACAAGUGCAAGGUUAUCUACAUGGCACGCAAUGCCAAAGACAACCUGGUGAGUUACUACCACUUUGAUCGUAUGGACCAGACCCAGCCUGAGCCCGGGCCCUGGGAGGGCUACAUAUCCAAGUUCAUGCGAGGAGAGUUGGCCUGGGGCUCCUGGUACGACCAUGUGAAAGGUUACUGGGUGGAGAGAGAGAAGAAGAACAUCCUUUACCUCUUCUAUGAGGACAUGAAAGAGAAUCCUCGGCGUGAAGUGGAGCGCAUCAUGAGGUACCUGGACUUGUCAGUGUCUGAUGAGGUCAUCAGCCGGAUUGUGGAGCUCACAUCCUUUAAGAACAUGAAGGAGAACCCGAUGGCCAACUACUCCUUCAUCCCAGCGACUGUUUUUGAUCGCUCCAUCUCCUCCUUCAUGAGAAAAGGUGAAGUAGGUGACUGGAGAAAUCAUUUCACACCCAAGCAAUCAAAGAUGUUUGAUGAAGAUUAUGAAAAGCAAAUGAAGGGAGUCAACAUACCGUUCAGGACCCUCAUCUAACCAAUUUUGGGUUUCCAAACUGACACAGCUCUGCAAACAACAGACCAAUGAACCAAAGACCGAUGAACUGACACUGCAGCACUCAGAAGGCAAGAAUACUGUCAGAAAAUCUGACGUGCUGAACACCAAAACAGAACAUAAAUAAAAAUAAUUUGAGUCUGGAUGUUAAACACUGUAAUCAUACAAUGAAAGGAUCAAUAAAAAUGUGCUCCACAAAACAAGUGAGUUGGUAGUCAUCACUUGAUUGCAGCUUAUCACGUAAACAAUAUAUAAGACCAAAAGUGUUGUGACUGAGUGGACAUGCCCAUUUUAUGUCAUGAGACCUCCACCAGAGUCUGCAUUGAGAUCAGGAAAUGAGUUUCCUCUGUGGGGUGGCCUGGUUUAGCCUUUGAGAUAGGGUGAGGAGCUGUUGCUCCUUAUGGCUAUGUUGAGCUGGUUCAGUCAUCUGAUCAGGAUGCUUCCUGUUAGAGGUUUUACGGGCAUGUCCAACUAGUGGGAGGCCCUGAACAUGCUAACGAGAUUAUACGUCUCAUCUGGCCCAGGAAUGCUUCAGAUUCCCCCAGGAGGAGCAGGAAAGCAUUCCAUCUGGAAAAUAACUUGCACUCCCAAUGAAAUGUUUCUUGGAAAUAGCAAAUAUCUCCUUUAUGUGCCGGGAGGACAGUAGAGCAUUAUCUUUAUAAGUUGAUUUAUUGAUCCCACUGUUUUUCUCCUCAAAUAGGAGAUGAGUGACUCCCUUCAAGGUUGCAGACUCCAGUGAAUACAACACCUGAAAUUCCCUUUUGGGAUAAUAAGGUCAACCUUAUAUCACCUUUCUGUUAUUCUUACCUACAAACUUAAAAUUAUGCUCUGAAAUUUAAGAAAGGUAAACAGGUCACCUAAGUUUUCUCGGAGACACGGUUUGGAGGGAAUGUACAAAAUAUUAUUGGGUAAAAUAAAUAAAGGAUAAAUGCAAAAACAAAAGAAAUAGAGAUAAAAGUGGUAAAACAUUGAAUCACAUGUUGAAAUCAUACACAAGUUGCAGGCUAAAACUACUCUAUCAUGAAACAUACAUAUUGCUUUUUCUUGACCCUCCCUCAUCUUCCAAACACCAUGCUUAUAGUUUAUAAUGCAUUUUUCCUGCCAAAUAUUUGAAGCCUCAAAACUUUCACUGCCUUGGAAAAGCAGGAAACAUUAUGCAACUGUUUUCACAAGCUGAGUAAAUUGACCUUUAUGUCUAAAAUAAGAGGAAUAAAAAUUACGUCUAUUUUCAAAAUUCAUACAUAAUAUUCCAAUGGUCUACAAAAAAGUUAACAUGGGCAAUUGUUUCCCCAAAUCCAGAAACUAGAGAGCUAAAACUAACUUCAGCUUAGGACUGAAUGUUACAAUCCCUUGAUGCACAUACUUGAGACGAUGUGUGGGAGUAAUAAUGCUGUCUGGGAGUUUCCGAGUGGGACCCAAAGGGUUAAGGUUAAAUGGACAGAAAAGUAGGAAAGAGCAAAGGUAGGUAGACAGUUAGAGUGAGCAUAGGGAAGGCAGAGCCAAGGAGAGACAUCUGUGCAGAAUGAACUCUACACCGCCAGACCGGGCUGUACACUGUACCUCCCCCUACUCCCUUAUUGUGAUGAGGGAAGAGAGAAGAAACUAACAGGAGAAAAACGUACCUAACUUUAAUCGAGGUGGAGUUAAACUGGCCGAUUGUUGUUGACCUUCUAGCACUUGUGAGUGAAAGUUGGAGCCAUGCUGGGGGAGUGGGUGGAAGUUUAGGGAGGGUAAAAUCUUCAUUAGAGUCAUCAAGUGGGUAGCGCCCUUCACUGGUGUUUCCAUGAUAGGCCCACAACACCUCCAGAGGGCUCACUGGCAUCACCUGGCGUCCCAGGUGCACCAGUGCCCCCCCACCACUUAGUGGUGAGUGUGGUGACGGUGAAGUGUUCCCUUCUGCUUCUAUACAGAUUCUGUGAAGCUUCCAUUUCAUUCACCAUUACUCACUGUCUUGGUUCCAUACUGUUGUU